AUGAGGGGGCGGGCGUGGAUUAUCAUUGAUUGGGAGGUGGUGACUCGUGGGCUCUUUUGCAUCGCUAUGGCACUAAUUGAUCUGCGGCACUUCCGUCCAAUUGCCUAUCUGACAAAAAUGACGAAUGUAACAGCGACAGAUGGUAUGUUCCUUCGUUCCACGUUUGUACGUGGCAUCACUGGAUUCUUUACUUGGACAGCUCUUCUAAUUACUUCUUAUCAGAUCUAUCAACAUUUGCGAUGGUAUACUUGCCCCGUCGAACAGCGAUGGAUUGUGCGUAUUUUAUUUAUUGUACCUAUGUAUUCAUUAGAUUCGUGGCUGAGUCUACUUUUUCUUUCUAACAAUGUGUAUGUCUACUUCAAUGCCAUUCGCGAUUGUUAUGAAGCUUUCGUUAUAUACAGUUUCUUGAGUUUAUGCUAUGAAUAUCUUGGUGGUGAAAGUAAUAUAAUGGCAGAAAUUAGAGGAAAACCGAUUCGGCCAAUCACUUACUACACAUGUACAUGUUGUUUAGCAGGAAAACAAUAUACAAUUGAGUUCUUGCGUUUUUGUAAGCAGGCGACACUUCAAUUUUGUAUUAUCAAGCCAAUUAUGGCCACACUUACCGUUAUUCUAAUGAUGAUGGGGAAAUACGAAGAUGGAAAUUGGAAUGGUGAUCAAGGCUAUCUUUAUAUAACUAUUGUGUACAACGUCUCGAUCUCUUUGGCACUUUAUGGGUUGUUUUUAUUCUAUACAGCUACACGUGACUUGCUCUCACCAUAUCAACCUGUUUUAAAGUUUCUCACCGUCAAAUCAGUUAUUUUCCUCUCUUUUUGGCAAGGUUUCUUGCUUGCUGUUCUUGGUUCCACUUCAGCCAUCGAUCCAGUUUACGAUGCAGAAGGUCAUGAAGUUAUAUCUCGUGGUACCAUUGCUGCGGCGUGGCAGAACUUAUUUAUUUGUCUUGAAAUGUUCUUUGCAGCGGUGGCCUUAAAAUAUGCUUUUAGCAUUAGUGCAUACAUCGACCCCAGCACAGGGAUGAACGGGAGUGUUGGCGGGCGACCGGUCACGCUACAAAGUAUUAGCAGCUCACUGAAAGAAACAAUGAAUCCUAAAGAUAUUAUGCAGGAUGCAAUCCAUAACUUCCAUCCACAGUACCAGCAGUAUACACAGCAUUCAAAUCCGACGCGACCGGUCAGUACUAAAACGUUUCCAGGUUUUUUCUUUGAAGUAAAUGCUGCGGGAACUACUGAAAUGACGCCAGGAGAUGAACGGCGUCUCGCCGGUUCGUCAGGCGGUCAGAUGGGAGGCGGUUAUUCAAGCAUGGCGUAUACUGGUGCUAACGGAGAGGUAAUCGAUUGUGAUUGGACUGCCCGAAUGGUGCCGGCCAAUCAGCCAACUUGCAAUGCAUCGUCCGCCAAUGAGAUGAACGACGACAGCACGUCAACACAACAGUAUGUUGUUGCAAGUGAUAGUCAACCUACGUCAACCUCGUCAUUUCCUCAGUAUCAGCCAUGUCAGGUACAAGUGGUUAAUUUGGCUACUGAUCUGGAUACUGCAGUAAAUGGUAAUGAUCAGAAGUCGUAUAUAUUGGUACCAAAUGCACAGCAAACAUUUCAGCUCAAUGGGAAUUCUCUACAGGUAUUGCCUAGUAAUGUUCAAGUGAUCAGUUUGAAUGAUGUUGCAUCAUAUAUCACUGUACCCAGUUCACCAUCGAUAUCUGUUAGCGAGCAAAAUCAGCAGCCUUCAACUUCCUCACCCAUCGUAAGCUCGCCAUUUCUUUUUACAGAUGCUAAAGGAAUUGAUAUUUCAAAUGUGGUUCAGCUUCUAACUACACAGGGGGCAUCGAAUGGUCCUCUUGUUGUUAAACCAGAUGAAGAGCCGCUUUAUGUUAACGCCAAACAGUAUAACAGAAUUUUGAAAAGAAGAGCAGCUCGAGCAAAAUUGGAAAGUGAGGGAAGAAUUCCUAAGGAGCGGCGGAAAUAUCUCCACGAAUCCAGACAUAAACAUGCAUUAACACGUGUGAGAGGCGAAGGAGGAAAAUUUGAUCGCGGUUCACGUAGCUCGCCAGUUCCGGACUCAUCACAACAGCAACGGCUAACAGAGCAAGUGCGCACAGUGUUCCGUCCUGCUUACAUUGAUUGUGGACCAUCCAAGAAUUUAAAAUCGCCAAAUAUGGAUCAGCGAUAG